AUGGCUGGAACCCCAAGGGAGCUUGCAGGCUGCUGGAGCAGGGCAUUUACCAGAUUGGCGCCUUUCCAGAUUCCACCAGUUUGCACCCUGCCAGCCUGGGUCAAAGAGCGGUCCGGGGCCGAGCCUGUGGAGCCUGGGAUGUUCAGGACCCGAAAUCACCAGAGCGCACGUGCCUCCUUCUCACUGCUGGGCCCCACUAGCUUCCCCAAGGCCACCUUCACCGGAGGCAACAGCCUGCUUGUUGGUUACAUCUUUGACUAUGAAUUCUACAGAGAUGACUUCUACAAUCGGUUAUUUGAUUACCAUGGCCAUGUUCCUCCACCUCCCCGUGCAGUCAUCCCACUGAAGCGCCCCAGGGUAGCUGUCACAACAACACGCCGGGGAAAAGGAGUCUUUUCCAUGAAAGGGGGAUCAAGAUCUACCAUCAGUGGUUCCUCUUCAUCAGGCUCUAAAUUGAAAUCAGAUGAGUUACAGACAAUCAAGAAAGAGUUAACGCAGAUCAAAACUAAAAUUGACUCCUUGCUAGGGCGCCUGGAGAAGAUCGAAAAGCAGCAGAAGGCAGAGGCAGAAGCUCAGAAGAAGCAAUUGGAAGAAAGUAUAGAGCUGACCCAAGAUGAAUGUGUGUCAGAAAAUGCAGAUCAUCCUACAGAGGAGCCUGCUGAAGGAGGGCCAGAUGUGGAUGGAGAAGAGAUGACUGAUGGGAUAGAGGAGGACUUCGAUGAAGAUGGGGGUCAUGAGCUGUUUCUACAGGUAAAGUGAUCUGAAUUGAAUGAUGCAAACACAAAAGAGAAACUCUGACAACCCCCAGAAAUGUGAAAGGAGGUUCCUUACUGGAUAGCAGCAUCUUUGGCUCAAGUUAUAUAGAUACCCAAAUAAAUAAUAAGAAUGGUAUUAUUCGAUCUUAGAAAUUUUAUUUCUUCUAUGUUCUAAGCUAUAUAAUUGUCAGGUUUUUAUGGUUUAGAUUGUAAAUGUGUGUUUCCCUUUGCUAAUUAUGCUUGGAGUUUUUUUUGUCUUAAAAUGUGAAAGAUAUUAUGAAUAAUAAGGGAGACACUGUAAACAAAUGUAUAUUUGUAAAAGCUAUUUUUAUGACUAGCAUGUUUUACCAUUGAUCAUAUACAAAGUCAGGUGAUAUUGCAAUUCUAUGUUUAAAGCUUAUUUCCAACAAUGUUAUGUAUGAAAAGAUACAUCAUAUGCUAGUUUUUGUAAUUUAUUUUUAAUUUAUAGUAUAAA